AUGAACACUGCUCACAAAAAUAAAGAAAAAGAGGACGACGACGUCCCAGUUGAUGCUGAAAGUGACUUUCAACAUGAAGAGGUUUUUCAAGAAGACGAAUGGAGCCUAACACAGGGGGAAGAAUACGUGGAAUCAGCCGUGAAAGCCAUCCAGGACCGGGCUAUUAAAAAGCAAAACAGCAGCAGCACACAAAAACCGCCUGCUGUUAGCGACUUUUUACGCGGCUUUCUCUUCCAAACAGGCAUGACAGAAACACUUAACUGCUUUCAAUCUGAGUGGACCGAGAUGAUACAGAAAGGGCUGGUGGAUGCAGACGGAGUGGAUGUGGUACCGGACGUGUACACUGAGAACCAGCGUCUGGAAAGGGAGCUAAAAAAUGCCCGGCGGGAGAAGGAGGAGUGCAGGCAGGCAGUCUCCGUCGCAGCUGAGACGAUGGUGAGGGCCCAGAAAGCCAGAGACCUCCAUCGGCUGCAGCAUAAGCGUGUGGUCCAGGAGAAAAACAGACUCAUCGAGGAGAUGAGAAAGGUCGAAGUGCAGUACGACGGCUCCGAACUUGCUUUGAAGCGAAUGAGUGAAAAAUACCAAGCAGUUUCAAGGCAGGUGGUGCUGGGGGCUUUAGCUCUAGGACAGGAGAGCCGGCAGUCAACGGAGCAUGACUCCCCCUUCUGUGGGGGUGAGGAGGGAUCCAUGGACAAGACAGGAGAGCCAAGUGUCAGGGAGCGUCCAGUGACCCAGCCAAGACCUCCAGCAUCUCCACGGCGCCCUGGGAGGCAGAACAGGGUGCAGUCAGUGAAAGCUAAUGUCCCUUGA